AUGGGUGCCGCGGUAUCGAUGCCAGCUCAGCGGGCAGCUCCGUUCGCCCCGGGGCUGACCCACCAGCAGCGAGUAACGCGCCUCUAUCGUCACGCUUUGCGGACAGCGCGCGACUGGUUCGUGGACGUUGACUUGUGGCUGGAGCGAUCGCGAGAGAUCCAAGCCGAGUUUCAGCGCAAUAAAAACGCAGGUCCUCGCGAGGCCCAGAUCCUGUUGAACCGGGGUCUCAGUCGCUUGCUAGAGAUGAGGCACCCAGAGCCCUACACCGCACCGUAUUUACCAGGCGGCUGCACGUACCAGCGCAACGUUCCCCCACCGCCGGAGUUGUGUGAGCGCUCGCUUCCUCCGCACUCGGAGAUGAUCCGCUGA